CUCUCUCUCCCGCUCUUCUUGGUGAAGUUUGGAGGAGGACGCAGCUGCCGGCAUCUCCUAGGAGACACCCCAUUGAGGACGCCUUCGCCCCUCGUGAUCCUAUCCUUUCAUUUCCUUAUUCUCUUAAACCUGCAAGCCCAGCUCGUGGAAUGCAGAUCGAUCAUCAAUGGUGGAUUCUAGGCGUCGAUAACUGCUUUCAAUCUGAGAUUCAAGUUGACCACACCCAAUCUAGCAAACAAUACUCCCCGAACAGUAAUCCGACCGACGAGAAUUUUGCAUCAAGACUGAGGAGGAUGUCUGCCGAUGCUAGAGAGAGUGAAGAGCAGCUCGCUUGGCUCCUCUGGGGCACUUCGUCCACAUCCACAUGAGAGGUCUCGCCUCUGUCCACCAAGCGGUCCGAACGUCGGUUACUGGUGGUGAACGUAUCAGUUACUGAUGUGCUAGCUUUAAAUUUGCGCGCUGUUCUCUGACCGUCAAAAGCUCGCCCUUCCUUUAUCUCUCGCCUGGUUAAGCCCGCUUUCAAAAACGCCACGUCGGCCUCAGCCUCCAUGUUUUUGCUCCUUUUCCCGUCGACUGCGUCCCAUCGUCGGCGAACAUUCGACUGCCUGCCGCUGUCGGUUGAUAUUGUUUACCUACUCUUUGAUUAGAAUUAAUAACCAGUUCAAGCCAAGGCACGGAGAGGCGAGGAGAGGACGCAAACGCAACGAUGGCUGUCCUCCGCCAGUUUAUUCAGUGGCUUCAUCUGAGAGACAGAUUCUCCCAUGGGGGCUGCAACCCGUCCAUGCCUCUCACUUCUGAAACUCCUCCGUCCGCGACCGGCUUCCCAUCCUUGGUGCAGAGACAAGGCAAGGCCCCUUUUUACGUCGAUUCCUGCAGCGGAAGGGGCUUCAAGAAGGUUAGGGCUGCUGCCGUCGCCUCUUCUCGUGCUCGGAGGGCCUCCUCUGUUCGAGUCAGGUGCUCGGACGAGAGAACAACGCCUCCUCCGCCUCCGGAGCUUCCUGAAUCGAACGGGCUCGUGCAGCUGCCCCUGUUCCCCCUGCCGCUAGUGCUUUUUCCAGGAGCCAUCCUGCCGCUGCAAAUUUUCGAGUUCCGGUACAGGAUCAUGAUGCACACUCUCUUACAGACCGACCUGCGGUUCGGCGUCAUCUAUACGGACAACGUGUCUGGCACCUUCAAUGUUGGGUGCGUGGGCGAGGUCGUGAAGCACGAGCGUCUCGUCGACGAUCGGUUCUUCCUUAUAUGCAAGGGGCAAGAGCGGUUUCGCAUCGUCAACGUCGUCAGAACUAAGCCCUACCUGGUGGCGGAGGUACAGUGGUUGGAGGACCGUCCCCUGGACGAUCCGCAGGAAGACUUGGACGCCCUUGCCGUCGAGGUUGAGAAUUACAUGAAGGAUGUCAUUAGGCUUUCCAAUAGGUUGAACGGCAAGCCGGAGAAGGAGUCUCAGGAUCUAAGGAGGAACCUCUUCCCUACUCCCUUCUCCUUCUUCGUUGGCAGUACUUUCGAAGGUGCUCCGAGAGAACAGCAGGCGCUCCUUGAAUUGGAAGACACCGCCACGCGGUUGAAGAGGGAGAAGGAGACGCUCAGGAACACUCUCAAUUACUUGACUGCUGCAUCGGCCGUCAAGGAUGUUUUCCCUUCUUCGUGAUGAUGAUGAUGGAUACGUGUAACCCUUUGGGAACGCUAAAGAUAACUUCUUAUUCUAUAUUUCCCAAAUGACUAGAAGAAGAAGGACAUGAAGGACCCCAGAAAAAGUUAAAAGAGGGCCUCUCUCGUUUCAGCGAAAUAGGAUGCUAGAUACUGGGAAGCCAUCCCUUGCAGACACUGGAGUGAGAUUACGGAUUACAGUCCUCUCUUUCCUCUGCUACCUGUUUGUCGAGUCUGUGAAAUGAAGAAUCCAGUAAGUCUACCAACUACUGGAUGCUUGUUAUUCUUGAAGAUCUGAAUCUCCUUUCCUGUAAAUGAAAUUAUUGUCACUGCCGUUAGUACGUCUUUUUUGUUUUUUUUUUUUUUCAUAGUAUGUAAUUCGAGGUCACUGCUGGUUUCCGUCCUACAUAUAAAAUGCCUUCGUCUGCUUUCAUUGCAUGCGAGCAAGUACCUUCAUAUGCUGUUGGUUCAACUCGCACUGAGCGCUUAGAGUUUGCCAUUUUUGUGUUAAUCAGCCUAAGCAGAUGGUAGGGGGUCUGAGAUUUUGAAUUGAUAUUUUAUCUUGAAUAGUUCAAUCAAAUUGUAAACAAUAUUGUGUGGUUUCUAUUAGAUUCGUUAGUCCAAUAAGAAUGCGCACCU